GGGGCUUUGUUUCUGGGGAGGAAGACCUGGAGGUCUUUUGUUUGGGGGUUUGGUGUUUUCACCCCCCCACCCACCCUACUCCUCGCGCCUCUUCGGUUUCUCGAGCUCUGUGCAGAAAAGGAGGAGAAGCGGCGUCUUGCAACCCCCUCGGCUGGGCCCCGGGGUAAUUCGAUGCGGGCCUGGCGAGGCUCCCCACGCUAGACCCGGGCUCGCGUCUCGGCAGCCUCCACCCACCGGCCCACCCUACAUUUAGCGCAUCAUGUGAUCCGGGAUCAAUGUGACUGUAGAAACAAAUGGAUGAAUGAAUAUCCAUAUGAAGAGGAAAACAAUAAAGAAUAUCGACACCUUUGAGAACAGAAUGUUAAUGCUUGAUGGGAUGCCGGCAGUCAGAGUCAAAACAGAGCUGUUGGAAUCUGAACAAGGGUCUCCAAACGUCCACAACUAUCCCGAUAUGGAAGCUGUUCCCCUGUUGCUAAAUAAUGUGAAAGGGGAGCCCCCAGAGGACUCGUUAUCUGUAGAUCACUUCCAAACACAAACUGAGCCAGUGGACUUGUCAAUAAACAAAGCCAGGACAUCCCCUACAGCCGUUUCAUCUUCCCCAGUUUCCAUGACAGCGUCUGCCUCCUCACCUUCUUCUACUUCAACCUCUUCAUCGUCUUCUAGUCGUCCAGCCUCAUCCCCAACUGUUAUAACAUCAGUAUCUUCAGCAUCAUCCUCGUCAACAGUAUUAACGCCAGGGCCCCUUGUUGCCUCUGCAUCUGGUGUGGGAGGCCAGCAGUUUUUGCACAUUAUUCAUCCUGUACCACCUUCAAGCCCCAUGAACUUACAGUCUAACAAACUGAGUCAUGUUCACCGCAUCCCUGUGGUGGUCCAGUCGGUGCCUGUUGUCUACACAGCUGUACGGUCACCUGGAAAUGUGAACAACACUAUAGUAGUGCCGCUUUUGGAGGAUGGGAGAAGCCAUGGUAAAGCACAAAUGGACCCUCGAGGCCUAUCUCCCAGACAAAGUAAAAGUGACAGUGAUGAUGAUGACCUGCCAAAUGUGACCUUAGAUAGCGUUAAUGAAACUGGAUCUACGGCCCUUUCCAUAGCCAGAGCAGUACAAGAGGUACAUCCGUCACCAGUAUCGAGAGUCCGUGGAAAUCGAAUGAAUAAUCAGAAAUUUGCUUGUUCAAUUUCACCAUUUAGUAUUGAGAGCACAAGACGCCAGAGAAGGUCUGAAUCCCCAGAUUCCAGAAAACGGCGUAUCCACAGAUGUGACUUUGAGGGAUGCAACAAAGUAUAUACAAAAAGUUCCCACCUGAAGGCUCAUCGGAGGACACAUACAGGAGAGAAACCCUACAAGUGUACCUGGGAAGGCUGCACCUGGAAGUUUGCGCGAUCGGAUGAACUGACAAGGCAUUACCGCAAACACACGGGAGUGAAGCCAUUCAAGUGUGCGGACUGCGAUCGAAGCUUUUCCCGGUCAGAUCAUUUGGCACUGCACCGCCGGAGGCAUAUGCUGGUGUGAGGAAUGCUACCUGUCCAGCUAAGCUUAAGAGCUGGAUCUCUUAGCGGCACCCAAUUCAGCAGGGCUGGAUCCCCUUCACAGUGUUAACACA